UUUAAAGUUUUAACAUUACAAAAAUAGUCCACGGUGACUUUUAUUUUGACAACACAUCUGAGCGAAGCCCUCCGGAAACGACAUCAGCCUGCACUAGCAACAGUGUCAAAACGCUCACACCGAUUCAGACAGAAAAUCAAAACAACGCUGGACAGUCUUUUCCCACGGACGACGAACGCAGUAAUCGCCGCACUCUAAACUUAUUCGGCAUCGUUUACGGUUUUCAACGGGUCCCUCAGACGGCCCAAACGCAGAGGAGCGCGAAGGAUGGCGAAUUACCGGGCGUUUCACACCCAGCUCGCGACCAUCAUGGAGACGCUGACUCGCGCGGCGGUGGCAGAGAUCUGCGAGCUCGUUGACGACGGCUACGCAGUUUUACACAUCGAGAUCUCGCGCCACCAGAAGGAGAACGAGGAGCUCCGACGGAAACUGCAGCUCAUAGAGUCCAUCGUCGCUGCGCGGGGGUACAGCGACGAGAAAACCGUGGCGCGAGAUGGUCGGUGUGAUGGUAACGUUAGUGCUCGCGAGUCGCUAGUGGGCAGAAAAACGCCCGGAGGCGGAGAGUCCACCAGCCGGGGUACAAUGGCAGAGGUGCGCGAGUUUCGUGAAGAGGGAGAGUUGAUCCAAAUGCAGAUCAAAGAGGAGGGUCUCGAGCAGCCUCCGCUGGGAGACGAUGACGACGACGAGGACGAAGGUGAAAGCGUUUCUGCCGUAACUCACGACUCCCCGAAACCAGAUAUCGCCGAACUCUCCGGUCAGGAAUCUCACACGCUCUCGCACUCCCCUGACCAUGACGCGCACUCUCACACGCUCACGUUUGCAGACACGCACUCCGGCGCCGACGAGUCCCAGCACUCCAGCGUCGACUUGACCAUUUCCGAUAACGCUUCCUUCUCCCUCGCGCAGACCUCAUCGGACACCCGCGCUUCCCAAGUCCCUCGAGCGUUUCAGGAAGACUUGUGCAUGAAGGCCGAUAUGGAUCCGGUAUCCGACUGGGCCGCGCACUCUGUCCGUAACACGCUCACACACUUGCAGGGCUCUCCGCAGAGGGUCGGCGGGUCCGACUCUCUCGUAUCCCAUAACUCUCCCUUGUUUGCGGCGCAGCGGCUCGUUGCUCUGGGUAACGUCUCGGGGCUGGGUCUUUACGGACGGUUGGGGGCUUUGCGGACGGGCGGAGCCGGCAAGCGACACUUCAUCUGCUCGAUCUGCGGGAAGAGUUUUACCACCUCGCAGAGUUUGGACACGCACAUGCGCAUUCACACCGGGGAACGGCCGUACCGCUGCGAGCAGUGCGGGAAGCGCUUCACGCAGUCCGGACACCUCACGGCUCACCAGACCGUCCACACCGGAGAAAGGCCGUACGAAUGCACCCGCUGUGGGAAACGGUUCGAGGGGAAACAGUACCUCCGCAUACACACCAAGAAACACCACCCUGACUUGCAUGCACUUUCUCAUAUACAGAGUCACACACAGCAGGACACACUACCAUGAAACCUACGCAGGGUCACAGAGAAUGCGGGACACCAUUUUCGAUGCUUGUUUACUGGUUUUAAUAUAUUUUGUAUAUUCUAUUGUUGUUUGCAAGUGUUCUGCGAUCACUAAGAAUUUCGAAGACGUUCAGUCAGUUCCAAGUGUAUUUUUGCAGUGUUCAGGCACUUAUUUCAACAGGUUAUUUUGCAAAAACUAAAGCAGUGAAAUGCUUUAUGCGUUGUGCGUACGUACUACAGGGAGACCGUAUGAAAGCAUUAGAAAGCUGGUGCGAGCACAUUCAGACUCUGAAAUACUCAGUUUCACCUGAACAGCAAAUGUACAUAAAAUGUACAGGAUAAUGUGUUGUUUGAAGAGUUUGUUAUGAUCUAAAUUAGAUAUAAUUAUAGAUUAUACAUUUAUAUUUGCAGCUAGUCGCAGCAGAAACACUAACUGGAUUUGUCUGUAUUGUAUUUAAUAGAAAUAAACAGUUAAUUGAUGAA